ACAAUUCAUAGCAGCACGUUGUCUAUUUUCUCGCCGAAUUUGCCACACGUGUGAGAUGAGGCAUUUUUGUAAAAACAUUUUUUAAAUUAUCACAGUGACGAAUUUGUUGUUUACAUAGGAAGUUUAAUUUUCAUCAGUUGAGAACCAAGCACAUAGGUGCAUAAAAUGCCAGACCAAGCCAUGCUUUCAUCAAAUGUAUUUGAUGAUUCAGAUUCCGUAACAGUUCAGAAUAAAUCUAAGAGAAAAAAGAAAGCAGAUUUUUCUAGAAAGAGAAGAAAAUUAAAUGCCCCUACUGCUGAGGAAUUGAAUGAACUUCGGGAGGCUGAAACGUUGUUUCAGUCUAAUCUUUUAAAAAUGGAAAUUGAAGAACUUAUGAAAGAAUUGAAAGAACAUUUACCUGAAAAGGAAAAAAUUCAUCAAUGGCUUGAAACUUUUAAAGAAUUUCUUAGAAAUAUUCCUGAAACUUCUCCGGUUUCAAUAGAGGAUCUUGCUUUAGAAAAUGAUGUUAAAAUACCAAUACCACAAAUUCCAAAAAAUACUAAGGGAAGUUUCAAGUUUGUUCCUCCUUCCAAUAUGAUAGAAAUUGGCAGUUUUGCACUUGGAACAAUGUGUUCCUCAGUGCCAGUAAUCGACAUUGCUGUUGAAAUUCCAAAGACAUUUUGGUUUGGUAUGGACUUUCUGAAUCAUAGAUAUCACAGGAAAAGAGCCUUGUAUCUUGCCUACAUUGCUAGUUUUCUUCUUCAAGAAAAUGAUCUGAUAAGUGAUCUAAAAUUUACAUAUCAAAGUGAAGAUUACUUAAAACCUGUUUUACUUGUCAUUCCAAAAGAUUUUGAAAAUGUCACAGUAUGUCUUACAGCAUACCCGAGCUCCAAUGCCUUUAAAUUAAGUCGAUUUGUUCCAUCCAAAAAUAAUGUUAGAUCUUCAUGGUAUUUUGAAAAUUCUGAAGAUAUGGACCAUUCAGUACUAGAAUCAUCUGCAACUCCACAUUAUAAUGCUUCUGUGCUGUUUGAUUUAUUAUUGCCAGAUAUAAAUGAUUAUUUAAAAGAAAAGUUACAUACCCAGUCUAUUAAAGAUGGUAUAAUUUUGCUUAAACUAUGGUGCACUCAAAGAGGUUUAUGUAGUGGCUUUGGAAGAUUGAAUGGUUUCAUUCUGAGUAUGUUUGUUGCCUAUUUGUUAAAAAAGCAGAAGAUUACACCUCUAAUGAGUGCAUAUCAAGUAUUUCGAUCUGCCUUACUUGGUUUUCAAAAUGAAAAUUGGUGUGAACGGGCCAUUACUCUUUGUGAUGAAGUAGCAUCAGUUGAUUUACAAAAAGAAUUAGAUCUGGAGACUUUCAGAACGCACUAUAAAGUUGUAUUUGUUGAUCCAUCUGGAUAUUUCAAUUUGUGUUGUUAUGUAACAGAACAGUCAUUUUUAAUGGUUCAACAUGAAGCUAAGCUUGGACUGAAAAUUUUAGACAAGGAAACACCAGAGAGUUUCUCACUACUGUUUAUGAAUAAAAUUGCUGUCAAUAGGAAAUUUGAGUAUCUUCUUCACUUGAAAGGCCCUAAGAAAUUUAAGAAAUAUUUGCAGAAACUUCUUUCAAAAGAUAAUUUGCAAAAGGAAAAGUUAGAUUUUGGUGAAAAUAUUGUGGCUUCUUUAUUUCCUAAAGUCUGUGAUGUUUUAAAAAAAGGCUUAAAUAACAGAAUAUCUUUGAUAGAUGUGAUAAAAAUGCCUCAUUCUCCAUGGUCUGUCACUGACAAUCCACCUAAUCCAAAUCAAGGUGAAGUGACUCUUGGUUUUGUUCUGAAUCCUGAAGUUCCUUUUAAUAACAUUGAAAAGGGGCCAAUAGCUGAUGACCCAAAAUCCAAAGAGUUUCAAGAUUUCUGGGGAGAACGCUCAGAAUUGAGAAGAUUUCAAGAUGGAACGAUCCGUGAAGCUGUAUUUUGGCCUGCUACUACAGCUGCUGAGAAAAGAAAAGUAUUUGCAUGUAUCAUAACAGAUAUCUUGACAAGGCACAUUAAUGCAAAUCCAAAUCAUAUUGUAGUAAAUGGUUCUGAAGUGGAUUGUAUUCUUGAGAUUCCAGACAUGAUUUUGUCAUCUGAUUUUUCUCCUUAUGGAACUGGAGAAGAAGCACAUAUGGCUAUCAUGCAGUCUUUCAAUGCACUCUGUAAACAGCUGCGUAAUUUGAAUGGAUUGCCAUUGCUUAUUGCUUCUGUACAAGGUGUAUCUCCUUCCUUUCGAUUUUCAGAAGUUUUCCCUCCACUUUCAGUAAUGCAUAAAAAUGAUCCAAAAGUUACAUAUGUGGACGGGCAUAUUUUAAAACUGCAUGAAGGUAGUAUUGGAGUUCCCCCUUAUACACCUGCUUUAAAAGCCAUCAUAACCUUAGAAGGUAGUGGGAAAUGGCCAGAUGAUGUUGAAGCUCUUAAAAGAAUAAAAGCUGAAUUUCACAUUGAAAUUGCAAAAUUAGUCUCUUCGCAGUUUUCUCUCAUGGCUGUACCAUUCAUAACUCAUACUGAUAUCUUCAAAGAUGGUUUUGUUUUUCGUAUUGAAGUAGCUUGCCAUAAAGAAAUAUAUUUAUUGAAACAAGUUAAGACUGCUGAUGGAACUCUUAAAAUUCAAGAAAACCAACAGUCCCGGAAUUUAGGGAUACAAACUGAAAUUCUUCCCAAAUUAAACAGUAUACUUCAUGGGCUUCAUCAACAGCAUAAUACAUUUGGUACUGCCUGCCGACUUGCUAAAAGGUGGAUUUCAGCACAACUGAAACAUGGAUUGAUGGAUGAUAUGGCAAUAGAGCUACUUGUUGCUAACCUUUAUAUUCAUCCAGAGCCUUAUACUUGCCCAUGUUCUCCUCAAGUUGCAUUCAUACGAUUCCUCAACUUACUUGUCACUUAUGAUUGGGCAACAGCUCCUCUUGUUGUAAAUUUAAAUAAUGAAUUAAAAAAAGCAGAUAUUGAAGAAAUAUAUUCCACAUUUACUUCUCAAAGAUCUACUCUUCCGCCUAUGGUAAUUGCAACUCCUUAUGAUAAAAGAGGGAGUAUGUGGACUAAGAAUAAACCAAUUGCUUUAAUCUUGAAGAGAAUUGCAAUUCUAGCAGAAGCAAGUUUAAAAACUUUAGAAGGCAUUUUGAACAAAUCACUAACUUCUGAUAUUAAGGCAAUAUUCAGACCACCUUUAGAAUCUUAUGAUGUUGUUAUUUAUUUAAAAAGAAAUGAAGUGCCAAGAUUAAGAUGUGCUGUUGAUGUAUAUACUUCUGAUAAAUUACCAGUUUAUGAGCCAUAUAAACAAGAUAGAAACGAAUUGUAUCCAGUUGUGGAAUAUGAUCCUGUUCAGAUGUAUUUGGAAGAGCUAAGAGGAAAUUUUGGAGAAUUUGCCUUCUUCUUGCAUGAUAUGUAUGGUGGAGAUUUCAUAGCAGUAGUGUGGAAAAGAUCUGCUUUUGUUCCAAAAGAAUUUAAAGUUUCCAUUGUUAAUUAUCGGACACUUUACACGGAUGGCAUUCGACUAAUUCCAGAUGUUGAAAGAAUUCUAGAAGACAUGGAAAUUUUAGGAUCAGGAAUAGUUAAGAAAAUAGUCAAACAAACUGAAAAUUGGCAAAUUCCAUGAACUUUCAGAAAUACUUUAUAAAUUUGUAUAUUAUGUAUAUAUUACAUAUGACUGCAUGCUGAUUGCCAAGCAUUAAAUGCUUUACUUUUGUAAAGGA